AUGGCUGCCGCAGCUGUCGCUCAAAAUCCUCGGGAGCGCAAGCCCUCGACGAGUGCCCCCAUCUCUACCUUGACAGGUCCUGUCGGUCCCGGCUUCACGAGACCGAAGCACAAGCGAACCGCCACGGGCUUCGGUGCCGGAGACAUCAAGGCGGUUGAAUCGAGCAUUCCCGAGCACAUGCGAGAGGCAUGGAGGAAAUUCUCUCCGCGCGGUUUCACCACAAAGGAAGAGUUCGAGGCAGAGGCUGUCAAGCACAUUGAAACUACCUUGGCGAGAUCUCUCUUCAACUGCGAUGAGCUGGCCGCAUACUCCGGGACUGCGCUGGCCUUUCGAGACCGUCUUAUCAUUGAUUGGAACAAAACCCAACAGAGACAGACCUUUGCCGACCAGAAAAGAAUCUACUACCUCUCCCUCGAGUUCUUGAUGGGCCGAGCGCUUGACAAUGCAAUGCUGAACGUCGGAUUGAAGAAUGUGGCCAAAGAGGGUCUCGCGGAUCUUGGUUUCCGUAUCGAGGACAUCAUUGAACAAGAGCACGACGCGGCUCUCGGAAAUGGCGGUCUCGGCCGACUGGCCGCCUGCUUCCUUGACAGCAUGGCCACGUUGAAUUACGCAGCCUGGGGCUACGGCCUCCGUUACAGAUAUGGUAUCUUCAAGCAAGAGAUUCAGGACGGUUACCAGGUUGAAAUCCCGGAUUAUUGGCUCGACUUCAACCCUUGGGAAUUUCCCCGCCACGACGUUACCGUUGACGUGCAGUUCUAUGGCUGGGUCAACAAGUACACCGACGACCAGGGAAAACAGAUUGUGUCCUGGCAAGAUGGCGAGAUCGUCACCGCGACAGCCUACGACGUGCCAGUGCCAGGCUAUGGGACUCCCACGGUAAAUAACUUGCGUCUAUGGUCGAGCAAAGCUUCAAGUGGCGAGUUCGACUUCGCCAAGUUCAACUCGGGCGAAUAUGAGAGUGCCGUGGCAGAUGAGCAGCGAGCGGAGACCAUCUCGGCCGUGCUGUACCCGAAUGACAACCUUGAACGGGGAAAGGAGCUGCGGUUGAAGCAGCAAUACUUCUGGUGCGCCGCCUCUCUUCACGACAUUGUGCGCAGGUUCAAGAAGUCACAGCGCAAGUGGUCCGAGUUUCCCGACCAGGUGGCCAUUCAGCUGAAUGAUACUCACCCCACGCUUGCAAUUGUCGAACUGCAGCGGAUUUUGGUCGAUAUGGAGGGCUUGGAGUGGGACGCCGCCUGGGAUAUUGUCACCCGCACAUUUGGCUAUACCAACCACACAGUGUUGCCCGAAGCGUUGGAGAAGUGGUCAGUACCGUUGAUCCAGAACCUCCUCCCGCGUCAUCUCCAACUCAUUUACGAGAUUAAUCUCUACUUCCUUCAAUCAGUCGAACGCCGGUUCCCUAAGGAUCGAGAUCUCCUGGGCAGAGUGUCCAUCAUCGAGGAAUCACAGCCGAAGAUGGUCCGCAUGGCAUUCUUGGCGAUUGUUGGCUCGCACAAGGUCAACGGCGUUGCCGAAUUGCACUCGGACCUGAUCAAGACUACCAUCUUCAAGGACUUUGUCAAGGUCUACGGCCCAGAUAAAUUUACCAACGUCACCAAUGGUAUUACUCCGCGAAGAUGGUUGCACCAAGCCAACCCGCGCCUGUCGGAACUGAUUGCGUCAAAGCUCGGAAACUACGAGUUCUUGAAGGACUUGACACUGCUCAACAAACUCGAACCCUACGUGGAUGACAAGGACUUCAAGAAGGAGUGGGCGGAAAUCAAAUAUGCCAACAAAGUCCGACUUGCCCAACACAUCCAGAAGACCAAAGGUUACAGUGUCAAUCCCAAGGCUCUCUUCGACAUCCAGGUCAAGAGAAUUCAUGAGUACAAGCGCCAGCAACUCAACAUCUUCGGAGUCAUUCAUCGUUAUAUGGCCAUCAAGGCCAUGUCGCCCGAUGAGCGCAAGAAGCUCGUUCCCCGGGUGUCGGUCUUCGGCGGUAAAGCGGCUCCCGGCUACUGGAUGGCGAAGACCAUAAUCCACUUGAUCAACAAGGUCGGGGAGGUGGUCAACAAGGAUCCUGAUGUUGGCGAUCUGCUCAAAGUUGUCUUCCUCGAGGACUACAACGUCAGCAAGGCCGAGAUCAUUAUCCCGGCUUCGGAUAUCAGCGAGCACAUCUCGACAGCUGGUACUGAAGCGUCAGGCACGAGUAACAUGAAGUUCGUGUUGAACGGCGGGUUGAUCAUUGGUACGCUCGAUGGUGCCAACAUUGAGAUCACUCGCGAGAUCGGCGAGCAGAACAUCUUCUUGUUCGGCAAUCUCUCGGAGGACGUGGAGGACCUGCGCCAUCACCACUUCUACGGCGACUACCAGAUGAACCCCGAGCUGUUGAAGGUGUUUGACUUCAUCAAAAAGGGCACGUUCGGCGACGAGGGUGCGUUCGGUGCUUUGAUCAGUGGCAUCGCCGAGCAUGGCGAUUACUAUCUUGUGAGCGAUGACUUCAACAGCUACUGCCAGACACAGGACCUUAUCGACGAGGCCUAUAAGGACCAGGACUCCUGGGUGAGCAAGUCGAUCACCAGUGUGGCCCGAAUGGGCUUCUUCACCUCAGAUCGAUGCAUCAAUGAAUAUGCCGACGGCAUCUGGAACAUUGAGCCGCUCCAGGUCAAGGAGGAGAACGAGGUCAGAUCACGGACCGGACUGGAGACGUAA